UAUGAUUCACUUUUAGUCAGCUCUCAAGAAUGCAGUACAUUCCAACAGUCAUUUUGUAAAUGCUCGUAGACACAAUAUGAGACUACUGCCAUAUAUAAAUCAUUUAGUACAUAUAGGACCCAUUUCAUUUGAGGGCUGUCUGGUGGUAGCAGCUAUUUUUUACAGCAAUGAUAAGCAGGCAAAUAAGCACUGGUCAUGUUAUUUUGCAAAUUACAAAGUAGUGGAUAUUCACAGCUUCUUUGUGCUUCUCCGGUUUUGGUUUUGGUUUACCACAAUAGGAAACAGAAUGUGAGAAACAACUGCAACAGAAGAUCAGAACUCCUUCAGUUUGUGCUACAAGAACAGCAUUCUUGACGGAAUACUGAAAAUUAUAUUUUGGUAAAAAAAAAAGGAAUUUUUUCAUAUGCUUACCCUAAGAGUUCUUUGUAGUUGUUUCAUCAAAGCAGUAGGACUUCCUUCCAUUUCCUGUGGUUUCGCCUUAAAGUGGUAAGCAGGGCGAAGUUCGCUAGUGAGUACAGAGCAGCUGGUGAGGAUUAACAGAGCACUUUGGACAGCAGCAAGUCAAGCAAAAUGAACCAGACAUUAACAGACGAUGAAAUCAUUGAAUUCGACAUUGGAUAUGAUUGUCUGUUGUGUUUCAAUGAAAGUAUGACAGACCCCGUGUCUUCAGAGGUGAACAAUUCCAUGAGGACACUUUCUCUGGUCAUCUACUUCCUGACGUUUCUCCUCGGAGUUCCUGGAAACAUGUUUGUUGUGUACAUCGCUGGAAUGAAGAUGAAGAGGACUGUUAAUACAAUAUGGUUUCUCAAUCUAGCGACUGCGGACCUCCUGUGCUGCCUUUCCAUACCCUUCAGUGUGGCGGAGAAACUCCUUGAUCACCACUGGCCGUAUGGAUCCAUCAUGUGUAAGAUUCUCCCCUCUGUUAUAAUCAUCAACAUGUUUGCCAGCGUUUUCACCUUGAACUUGAUUAGUCUGGAUCGGUUUACUCAGGUGAUCACACCGGUUUGGGCUCAGAAUCAUCGCAGCCUGUUCAUCGCACUACUGUCCUGUGCAAUGGCCUGGAUCUUAGCUUUGGUGCUCAGUUUGCCCUUUAUGAUAUCAAGACAAACUUUCACUGAGUUUAACAUCACGCUCUGCACAUUUCAUGCUGAUGAAGAAGUUGAUUCCAGCCUUCCAGCAUUUGGAACGUUAAGCAUCAUCAGAUUUGUGUUUGGCUUUUUGGUUCCUCUCAUAUGCAUCACAACAUGCUACGGAUUCAUUGCACGCAAGUUAGGCAGGAGUCAUUUUCACUCUGGACGAGCGAUUCGCAUCAUGCUGGCUGUAAUUAUGGCAUUUUUUCUGUGCUGGCUGCCGUAUCACAUAGUGGAUUUGAUAAUAAUGUACGGAGAGCAAUCAAGUUCCUUGGUAGCUUUGGCAGUGGAUCCCCUGGCUGUCUCUUUGGCGUAUUUCAACAGCUGUCUGAACCCCAUUCUGUAUGUUUUCAUGGGGCAGGAUUUUAAAAGUAAGGUUAAACUCUCCCUCAGACGUGUUUUUGAAAGAGCUUUCUCUGAGGAGGGAACACAAGUGUCACGAUCCACACAGUCACAACAAAUGCACUCAGUUUAGAGAAGAUAUGAGCUUGUUUAUACAGUCAUUUUUCUAUACUAACCUUAUGAACUUUUAAACAAAACCCAUUACAUUUGCUUUAAUAUUCUAUAGAAUGCAGUGACAUGUAGACAUUUUCUUUUUUUAGUGUGAAUAACAAAUUAUGGUGUUUUCUAAUUAGACAUUAUUUGCAUUUUUCCAAAUACUACUGUGAAAAGUUGUUCCUUUCGUAUUUCUUUUAAAAACAGAAACUUAAGAUAUGCAUAAGGGCUUACUUUAGCACUUUUCAAUAGGAAGUGUCCACUCUGCUUUUUGUAUUUUUUCAGGAAAUUAUGAAAUCCAUUAAGUGCAUCUAAAAUAAUCUGUUCUAAGUUUUUUUUUCCUAGUUAACAAUGCUCAAUUGUUGGUGCAUUGUUUUUAUUCACUUGUACUUGAAUUAAUCAUGUUGAUGACAUUUCUUGUGUACAGCUUGCAGUCGGUAAUACUGAUGCUAUUUUUAGGCAGGUGCAGUAUUUUGAGGAAGUUAAUGGUGUGCCUAUUGAUGGCGUGUGCUCUAAUCAUCAAUAAAAUAGGCUAUACAUGUACAAAAUAUUCCGUCUUUAAUGCAAAGUUCCAGUGUCUGUAUAUACAGUAGCCUACAUAAACUAGUAAGAAUAGCUACUAAUGCUUUACUAUAACUGUGUGUGUGUGAUAUAAAUCCAGAUUUUAAUAUUUAACUUGUAAAAAAAUAUUUUAUUGCAUUGUUUUGUUUAAGUAAGAAUUACUGUUAUGAUCAUAAAACAUUAAUUUAGCCAAAAGAUAUUCAGUACUAUAUCCUCCUGGGACCAGGCAUAGACUUCUUUCCUCAGUAGAGGACAUUAUAUUUUAGUGAAUUUCUCGGAGACUGUACUUGCCACAGUUUGAUGUCUGGGUGUCGGCUGUAGAGAUCACAUUCAGGGCAUUUCAGAGAUAUC